AUGAGCAAAUACUCGUCGACUGAUUCGGUUUUCAGAACGACUGGUUCUGUGCCAUUGCCAGAGAGAGCCGACCGGAACCGCCCGUUUCAAUUUGUUCCUCAAUCAUCUGCCUCGUUGAUUCAAAAAGCUUACGAGAAAAAACAGCGCAUUCAUGGCAACACAAUCAAAAGAGAGCAAAUUCUCAAUGAUGGACUUCGAAAACAGUUGGAAGAACAAGUUCCAGUGAUGAAUCAUGAAAUCAACGAAGAGAACCAGUACCAAACGCCUCAUGUGCAUUUUCCGGAGUAUGAUACCAAUCACGAAUACCAAAAUCUUCCGAUGAUUUUGGACUCCGAGAAGUCUUCAAUGAUUACUCCACCUCCAGCAUUCCAUAUCAAUCAAGAAUAUUUGAGCCCAAAUCAAGGACCUCCAUCACCAGACCCUGAGCUUGAAGAACUCAAAGCUCUUCUUCUUUCGAAGAAAAGACGACUUCAAGAUGCCGAAACCCUCCUCGGCGAAGCGGAAGAACUCAUCAUUACUAGGGAUCGGCAAAAGACCAAGAUCGAAAAUCUCAACUUGACGUACAAGGAAAUCGAAAAUGCGAAGAAGAAUCUCGAUGGAAUUCGAAAUAUGACUUUGACGGUGAAAAAGGAGCGGCUCGACGCGCAGCUUGAGAACGAAGAACUCGCUGAAUAUUACAACUCUUUGGUUGACAAGAAAUAUGAAGCGGAUAAGAAGAUCAAGACAUUGAGAAGAGCAACUGUGGCGGGGCCGGAAAUGACAGAAGAUACGGAGUCUGAGUUCAAGAAGCUUUUAAAAGAGAGAAAAGCAGAAAAUGAAAAACUUCGCGAACGAAUAAACCGCCGAAAAAAGGAGCUCACCCGUCGAAACCACAAGCUCGAAAUCGCGAAGCAACAAAACGAAACUGCUCAUAAGACGCACGACGAAAUCAAGGACCAAGAUGCGAAAAUUACCGCUGAGAAAACCGAGCAGAUCCGAAAACUUGAGAAUGAAGCAAACGCGCUGAGAACAAAAAUUGAUGGAAUUGUGAACAAUGAUCAGGCGUUGAUCAAUUUGAACACGAGAAAAGCGCAGUUGGAAGAAAAUCAUCGAGUCUUGAUGGGAAGAUUUGAGGAGGCUAAUAAAGCCAUCGAUAAGCGACUGGAAGAAGGACCAAAAGUCGUCAUCAAUGAUCCUUAUUAUAAUAAUCUUCGGUUGCAAAAACAACUCAAAGACAAAGAAAUCGCCAAGCUGGAAAAAGCAAAGCGGGAAAUCAAAUGGAAGUACCACCAAGUUUGGUGCCAACUCAACGACGUGGACGAGUCGGAUGAUGAGCAAGAUGUCGCCGUUGAUCCUUCCGUCCUCAUUGUUCCGGAAUCCGUCGCUUCUCAUCGCCUCGGCUCAUUCAAAUCUACCGCCCGAUUUUGA